UCGAGUGAUUUUUUUCAAUAGGGGAAUGUGUGUGUUGCAUUAAUUAAAUUAUAUCGAUUUUGAUUAGAAAACGAGCGACAUUUGACGAGACAGUUUUUCGGAAAGACAGUUUAGAACGCGUGCAAUUAUGUUCGAGGAAGGAGCCGAGGGAUUUUCAUCCCUUUUCCCAUACUAUCUCCUUGUACUUUUUCCGACAUUAUUGAUUCUGAGUCCCUCCGUGGUGACUGCAAAUCCACAAAGCACUUUUCCCCUCACGGUAUCGCGGAUGAGCCAAUUUGAUUUGUACGGAAAUUUCUAUGGUUGCCGGGCCUCAGCAUUGAAUUUGGAAGCAAAAUCACUCUACACAUGGAGCACUUCACGUCACUGCGUUGUCACAAAGUUGGAGGACCUGACAAUCGAUCAUUACAAGGAGAUCCGAAGCAAAGCUGGAGGUCUCGUGAUCCUGAUGCCAAAGGAUUUCUCCUUGCUUUCGUACGAGGAGAAGCAACAAAUUCGAGUAUUGGAACAAGUAAUGUUGCAACUAGACAUUUCAAUUCCCGUUUAUUUUGCGCCAUACAAACCUCAACUCGAAGAAGUAAUUGGCGAAAUAUCGCGAGCCUCCGAUUCACGUGACACAAACAAAAAACGAGAAUCAGCGUUGACGGAAAUUUUCAACACAAUUUCCGCAAAUGGGUACCAAAUCAUGGUUCAGGGAGCUACGCAUGCCGUCAACAAAGCCUCAAAGAUCCCCAUUUUACAAGGAGAGAUGGUAAAGCCUGUCAGCAAAAAUACCGAAGCCGAUUCAAAGUUACCGAUGAUCAUGGUUGUCGCCCAUCUCGAGAAUUUCGGUCUCAUUAACCAGCAAUUAAGUAAUAAUGAUGUCGCAAUUUUGUUGUCGCUCGUAGAUUUGUUCAGCAAAUUGAACAAUGGCAUCAACACAUCGCCAAAAUACCGUCUUCUCUUCUUGGUUACGGAAUCGGGACCCGUUCUCAACUACCAAGGCACCAAAAAGUGGUUGGAUGUGAAUAUCGACGAGAACGCGUUGUCCCAAAAGCCCGAAUUUGUCGUUUGUUUGGAUUCGUUGGGCCGAUCGACGGAAAAGAUGUUCAUGCAUGUGUCGAAACCGCCCAAGGAAGGCACCCAAAUGAACAAUUUCUUCAAGAUUUUGAAGACAAGUGCGGAAAAGUACGGAAAUAUGUCGCUCGAGGGCAUCCACAAAAAGAUUAAUUUGGCAGAUGUGACGCUGGCAUGGGAACACGAGAGAUUCAGCAUGAAACGGAUGCCGGGAUUGACGAUUUCCAACAUGAAGAACCAUAAAGAACCCCUUCGCACGACAAUAUUUGAAGAUGAGGACUCAACAAGUAUGGAAGCCAUAGAAAUGAACACGAAGAUUAUCGCAGAAGCCUUAGCGCGUUACGUUUAUGACAUUAAUGAUGGUGAAAUUUUCACUGGAACGAUGGCCGUAACUCGCAACCUCAUCAAACCGUGGCUCAACAUCAAAUCCACGCAACUCAACAACGACCUGAAAAACGCAUUUGAAAAAUACCUCAAGAACGUCAAACUCACAUACGAGAAACCCGAUCCACGUGAACCUGAUUUCAUGCUCUACACAGGCCACGACGCCCAAUUAAAUGUCUACAACGUAAAACCUGCCAUUUUUGACUUGUUCCUAACAUUUGUGAUUGCCAUUUAUUUGUGCGGCGUCUACUUCGGCAUUCUCUACUUCCCCAAAUUCUACGACUUGGUGUGCAAAAUGAACAUUUGCUCAGGCACAUCAGCCAACGGUGCAAACAAUUCAAUCAAUAGCAAUAGCAACGGCAAAGCCAAAGCCCAUUAAAAAAGUAGCAAGUCAUCAAUCCGAUCAAAAAUUACUCAGUUUUUGCCACCAAUGCAUUUUUUUGUUUGUUUGUUUCACCGCAGGAUUUUUUUUCUGUUAAAAUUUAUUUAAGAUUUUAAGAGAUUUGUUUUAAUUUUGAAUAAAAAUAUAAAAAAUAUCUAGUGAUUAGUGGUUAAAACAGUUCAUUAGGGGAGAUUUCCUUCCAAAGACUUGAAAUAAGACGAUGACGACACGUAAAAAAUAAAAUUUUCUAUCUAGAUAUCAAAUUAAUUAAGAAAUUAAUUGUAAUUAGGAGAAAAAAUUGGUAAAAAGGGUCGAAAUUAAAAAAAAUAAGCAGUCAUGUAGGAUUUCAGGGUUAGUUGUUAGAAAAAAUCUUUCCGUCUCGUCUUAUACUCUGCUAAAAAUAAUAAUUUAAUGGAUUUUUAACGUAAAUUAAAAUAAAAAUAAAUAAAAAGGAAAGUUAAACAUAAUUAGGAAUGAUAAAAAUAAAUUAAAAUAUUUAAUAAA